CUCCAAUCAAAGACGAUUUCCACUUUAACUAUGGCUAUUGCUCCUUUCGUUCUUCGUUCUCAGUGUCUCCACGCUUGUAAUUCGAGCAGCAGGUCUUCUUCAUCAUCAAAUACAGCAAUUAAACUUUAUCGAGGAUGACGACAGUUUCUACGAGUGCCUGCAACUUCUCCCAUCAAGAAGACAACAGCACACAAAGAGAAAUAAACUUUUGUUUGGAAUACCUCAACUAUGCAGCGUUUAAUAGCCUCUUCCCUUUGGUUGUACUUCUAAUUGUGAUUAUCAUUGUCGGCUUUUGCGGGAACCUCCUCGUCUUCUCCGUGUACUUCAAACAGUUCGAUGCCAGCGCCACGCGUGUGUUCGUGCUGGCCAUGUCCGCCUGCGAUCUCCUCACCAACGUAUUUUUACUGAACUGGUUGAUUCAUAAUAUGAGAUACAAAUAUACAAAAGGGGAUAUUUUCUGCAAAUUUCAAUUUAGUUUGGCAACAUGUCCAAUUUUCAUGUCAUUCCAGAUCCUCGUGUGUGUCGCCCUGGAUCGUCGCCGCCGCAUCUGCCAGAUUCAUAAACGACAACUGAACGCCCGACAAGCGACUUACCUGUUGAUUUUCCCUUUUAUUUUGGUCCUUUGUAUUGUUUGUCCUUUUGCAGUUUUGUACGGCGCAAAGACUUUAGAGACUGACUUACCUGAAAUAAAAGGAACUACUUGCGGGUUUGCGGAUACACAAUUUGGAAGAAAAGUAAAAAUAGCUUAUGGCGCUACCAUUGGAACUGGCUAUGGAGUCGGCUUUGCAUUACUGACAUUUUCUUACAUGCAGAUCUCUCGCAAAAUUUAUCACCAGAAAAAGAAGAUUGAAAAACUGAAUAUUACAGCGCUUUCUCCCGAGGACAAGCAUAAAAACAAAGGGAAUGCUAAAAACACGGACGAAGUGGAAAUAGAGUUUCAGAAAAAUACUCCUUCUAAUGAUUUCGAAACCACAACCGAUUGUCCAGAUCUUUCUGAUCAAAAAGAACGAAUGCGUUUGGAGAUGACGACGAGCGACUUUGUCGAACGCCCGGUGAAUGUAGGCCCUUGUUCAAACUUGCGUCAUCCCCAGGACAUAUCUGCUCGAAAAAAAUAUGUUAUCAUGAUGAACAUAACAGACAAGAUGUCUACAGACGCACACGGACUUCCAAAAAGUCUACUGGGCCGAGGGGGAAAGUAGAAAGUACCUCUGGAAGGUCGACUCCAGAAUGUUCCAUCAAAAAUUCGAUUCCAGCGAGCAAGAAAGUGUCCAAGAGUGAAGCGACUUCUGCAUCAGCGAAAAAAAUUUCAGCCUCUUCAGUUCUAGAGAGGUUCGCAGGGUUUCAUGCAAAACAUACAGGUCACGUUUGCUUGGAAACUACCCAAGAUCUCCGUUUUCAAAAAGCUUGGCGGAAACAGCGUCGUAAGGCAUUUUUUUCCAAAACGACUCUUAUGAUGUUUGUGUUGAGUGUCGCAACCCUUGUCGUCUAUGUCCCUUACAUCACUGUGGUACUGCUUCAAAUCCAAUCCACAAGAGUUCAUAUGAACACACAGCAACUGAAAAUCAUCUUUCGAUCCUUUCCAAUCAUCAACAGUGUCAUCAACCCUUUUAUCUACAGCUUCUGCAAUCCAAAGUUUCGCCAGGAGUGUCGUCGGUUUCUGAAGAAGUGCAGUAACACCAUUUAUCCAAGGAUGUGAUUUUUUUUUUCCUUUUACAAUAAAUGUUUUCUAUCUUUAAUGGUUGGAUGAAGCAACGAUUUUUACAAAAUGUGCGUACUGCACGAAGAAAGUAAUUACAUCCUUAUUCAGAGACCACUAUUCACACUCGAAAAAUCGUGGCGAAAAAGAAUUCUGUGAAAGUGCAAACUUAUUACUCGUGGAUUAUCUAACAACCUAGGUUUCCAGAAGUGAAUUGUGCUGGGCUAACAGUGUUCUUGGUCAUCCUACCAACUUUGACUUUUAUUCACAAAGCAUGUGUAUACAGAAAUAUGAAUUUGUUAUACACUGCUGAUACAUUUCAGUGACUGGUUCGGUAAGAAAAAUAAUCCAAAAAAAAAAAUCGACGGUCAAGUGUAGCGACAACAUAAAGAACAGAUCAGUGAAAACGAACCACAGAUGCACUGGGAAAUUAGUGUGAGCAUACCGAAGACUAAACAGCAUAUCCCUACACGUUAAAUGGAAUUCACCUGGUGUAAGGGAAGUAAUCGAAUGACUCUAUAGAAAGGUUGCACAUCAUGAUGCUCUGAAGCCCUUGCUUGAAACUUUAUCAAACGUUUGGUUUACUGAGAUAUCGCUCUCUUUUCUUGAAAUGCAUGAAAAUAUUUUUUCAUAUAUCUUUUAAGAAAUUGUGAUUGACGAUUGAUAAUGCUUUAGGUCUCUCUCUCUUAAUUAUCUCCCUUCAUGAGACAUUCUUGCCUUGUUUCCUGCUAUUUUCCUAUAAGGUAAAAAAAGGUAAAGGUCGUCCCAUAACCUUUAAAGGUCGUUUGGGGAGUGAGGUGUUAGAGACCCCACUUUUCUCGGGGCCAGCUUUUUACAUGAGGG